AUGACUGUCGAUUUUGAGACCUCGUGGAUUUGGCACCCACAUUGGACCGAGAAGCCAGAAUCGUCCUCCGCGGGUGGUUUUGUCUAUUUCCGCAAGUCCAUCGACUUACAAGAUAUUCCUCGCGGCCCUGUCAAAAUUGCUAUAACCGCCGAUACCAGAUACAAGCUCUACAUUAACAAGCAGGUGGUUCAUACUGGUCCUGUCAAAGGAGAUGGUCAGACAUGGUUCUACGACGUCCUGGACAUUCAGCCAUAUCUCGUCACUGGCAGAAACAACAUCAUCGUUCAUGUUCUUCGGUUCUAUCAUGGGUCUCAAAAUGCCCCGAGCUUUCCUAGGACCCCAUUUCCAGGGUUAUACAUUAAGCACGACUCAGCAGGAGACGACCUGGAUCAGCGAACAGUGGACUUUCAGACGGAUGAGACAUGGGAGACGGCUCUUGAUACCUGCAGAGCUCUCCCCGCCAGUGGGAAUUUCGAUUUCUUCCUCCACGUCUUUGAAAGGGUUGACCAGCGGGAAAACGAUGCGCUCAUCUGGGUUGCGGCAAAGCCAUAUCGGUUCAUGGUCAAUUGGGGUCUUGCUGUACCCUGGAAUCUGCGUCCUCGGAUGAUUCCAUUUUCUCAGCUGGAACAACUUCAUCUCACAGCGAUCCACAAUAUCAGAAGCACACAGCCCCGGGAGACCUGGGAACGUCUUCUUGACCCAACCUUAGAGCAUGAGACAGGCAUUGCCCUGCCCAAAGGCACUGUACAUCAUGUCGAACUCGAGGUACCUUACCACACAACAGCCUAUAUCGACUUCCGUUUCGCCAGGCCGUCAACUGGUGGUAGUAAGCUGGACAUUACCUGGUCUGAAGGUUAUGAGGAACAACCUGUUAAGAUACCUUUUGAGCGAAAGAAAGGAGACAGAUCCGACACUUCAAAGUUCAUUGUAGGGCCGAAGGACCAGUAUAUUUUCGGCGGCACGCAGUCAAAUCAAGAUUUACUUGACUACGGCAUUGCAGAAGCCAAUGAUGAAACCUUCACUCCUUUUCACUUCCGAACAUUUCGAUACCUUGCCAUGGAUAUUGAAGUUGCUCAAGAUUCGGACCUAGUUCUUAAUGGGAUCAACAUUGUCAAAACAAACUACCCCUUGGAGGUGUUGGCCACAUUUCCCACAGUUGAGAUUGAGAAUGAAAAUCCAUCAUGGUUCCACCAGCUCUGGGAGGUGAGCUUACGCACUUUGGAGAACUGUAUGCACGACUGCUACGAAGACUGCCCAUUUUUCGAGCAACUCCAGUACGCCAUGGACACAAGAAGCUCUGCACUCUUCACCUAUGCGAUCUCUCGAGACGAUCGCCUGGCACGCCAAGCAAUUUUACAAUUCUAUAACUCUUUUCAGCCUAAAGUAGGUUUGACAGCAAGCCGUGCUCCUUGCCACCAUCUACAGAUUAUUUCUCAUUUCUCUCUUUUCUGGGUAUGUAUGGUUACAGACCAUUACGAGCAGUUUGGUGAUAGGGAAUUUGUAUCUGGAUUCCUACCCGUCGUCGAUGCCAUUCUAUACACUUUCGGUAGUCGUCUUGACCAAGAAACUGGCCUCCUCCGCGUUUCUCAAUCAGCUGGCGACUGGAACUUUGUCGACUGGAGCGAUGCAUACAAACCUUUUGGAGUUCCACCCGCCGCAAAUGAUACUGGUUACCUGACCUACACGAAUCAGUUGUUCGCUUAUACUCUACAGAGGCUCAGUUCCCUCGAGUUGUGUCUGGGCAAGACAUCACGCGCAGAUGAACACAAACGCCAAGCUGGCUUGAUCGUACAAGCUGUUAGAAGUCACUGCUUCGACGGUACCCACUUCACAGAUGGUCUCGCUACACUGGCAAACCACAACCAUUAUAGCGAACAUUGUCAAAUCUGGGCAGUUCUAUGUGGUGCGGUAACUGGCAAAGACGCCUUUGACCUUUUGAAUCGCUCUCUUGCUUUGCAAGCGAAAGGGGAAGCAGAGCAUGCGCACAAGUUCACCGAGGUAUCUAUAGCAAUGGCGUUCUAUAGUCUGAGGGCUUUGUCCCUGGUUGGUGAUGAGGCAUACGAAGCCCAAUUCUUCAGUUUCUGGGCACCCUGGCGAAAGCAGCUUGAACUGCACAUGACAACCUGGGUGGAAGACUACAUCACGCAAAGAUCAGAUUGCCACGCAUGGGGCAGCCUUCCUCUAUACGAGUAUACUGCCGAGGUUGCAGGAUUCAAAUUCGCCAUGAUCAAUGGCGAGAGGGUGCUUAUCUUCAAGCCGCGAGUGGGCCUCUUUAAGGCUUUCGAGGCCAAAAUUCCAGUGGGUGGCACCUCACAACAGCCAGUGCUAGCUCGAGUUUCCUGGCAGAAGGAUCAGAAUAAUGAGGUUGAUCUAACUUUGUCUUGGGAGAUUGAGGGUGAAGAGAAGCAGGAAGGAAAGCAGCUCCCUAUCCAUGUUAUUCUACCUAACAGGCAGGAAGAGGUUCUGGGAACAUUGAGUAACAAACAAUGGAGAGUGAAUUUAGGUAGCAAGGAGUGA